CCCGCACACAGUCCGCGCACUCCGCCGCCCGCCCGGCCCGCGCUCUCUGUCACACGCGCAUACACACACAAACACACACACGCCCUCGCAGCCCUCGCUGUUUCUGCCAUCGCGUCCGAUAACAUUGUACCAGGUGCUAGCCCAGUGCCACCAGGUGCCCUAAGGUCUAGGGACAGUGCCACGCUUGACGCCAGCGUCAGGCAGGCCAUUGACCUCCUCGAUCAGCCUUGCAGCGUCAUGACCUUAGCCGAGCAGGUGUAGGAUCCCCGACAGGUGUAAGUGAGGCCCAAGUGACGAGGACACAGCAGAAGGAGUUGAGUGUCCGUGGGCACCAUGCCAGCAGAAAGUGAGCAGCAAUGAUCGGUAGCGAGCAGUGAGAGAGCUCAUGAUAGUGCCAGCCGCGACUCACGUGUCAGCUCAGUGUUGUGGACAGUGUAACGAGUCCGUGUGUGCAUACAGUGUCGUUCUCGGCCUCAGUCGUAACGGAGGAAGAGUGAAGUGUCCUGCAGUAGCAGAGAGAGAGAGAAGCUGGGAGAAGCGAACAGUGUGUGUGAGCGGCAGCGAGGAUGAGAGUGUUGUGAGCGCGCGAGCCGAGUAUCUGGUGCGGGUCAUUCACCCCGAGCUGGCGGUGCAGGCGGCCUCGUGGCCUCACCCUCUCACAUCCACUCACGACGCCCAUCCGCGCCCACGCCUCCCUCAGGUACAUCACGCUCGUCGUCAGGACAUCUACAAGGAGUACUCUUAGUUAUGGAAAAGCCGCGAGAACAAAAGGUUGGACCUGUGUUGGACUCUGCCUAAAUGCGAGUUGUCCAGAGUUCAUUGACCCCAGAGCUUUGAGCGGCGCGCACCACUCACACCCACAGUUCCACUCACCACGCCCGCACGCCCAUACACUCCACUCUACAGUCUGUAUUACUGGACUCUACUAGUGAUUUGUAUUAGAGUGGAUAGGAGAAAAUCGAGGAAAAGGAAGAAGACAAGAGGAGAAAGAAGUGAGUAAGCGAGUGAGCGGUGCUAGCGGGGGAGGAGGGGCUCAGUGUACAGUUAGCUUGACGGUACCUGGUCACGCCCCAAGGACCACACCGGACCCUCGCUAAUUAUCAUCCUCGACUCUACAUCGCCGCCACCCCACGACACCCGGCAACAGUCUCACGCCCAUCCACGCCCGCAGUUGGUAAUACCAAGCCCCGAGGAGUAGGCGAAGGUGGGCGUAUACGAAAUUUCAGUGGUUGUGGAAGGGGGUAGCGCUCCUGCGACACGGGCCACAGUCAACACGGCGACAAGUGUGUCACUGCAGUCUCAACACCCCCGGGGCUCACAGCGGAGUGGCCCUCGUCACCCCGUCGGGCGAAAGGUGCAGCUUACACUCGGUGUCUCGAGGGCGACCAUCCAGCCUCGUCGCCAAGAGUUUAUUUUAUGAUUUGUUGAUAUUCAAGUGGUGCAAGGAAAGCCGAAGGUGCAGAUGAAGUUGGUGCUCGUGCAACGAUGAUGUAUUACAUAUGAUCUGUCUCAUAGUGUGUGCUACUGGCAGAGGUGUCGGGCUCGUGACGAGAGCCUCAGUGUGCUAGAGAUGACAGAAACCCGCUCAUCUGUGACGUAAUAUUGAGACAAGUAAACCUUACAUCCUGCCUUAUCCCAGGUAGCUGCUUUUAAGUGUUACAUUUGUAUAUGGUGGGACGAAGAACAUCAGUGAACCUCGAGUUAGACGACUCGAAGAAGCUAUCGUUAUUGUUGUUGUUAUCAUAAUUAUUUAAGAUUUAAGAAUAUAUAUAUAUAUUUUAUUUUCGAAUCGGUUGACAUAAAUCCGGCAAGCUGGAACCCCCAAACAGAAACCAGUGGGAUUUCGGAAGUCUCCUGAAGAACCCGGAGGAAAAGAUGGACAUAUUAAGCGAAAUCUUUGGGCCGGGGUGGGAACGGGAGGUGACCGGAGAUGCCGUGGACACCACCACGCCCUCCUCCUCCACGCCCACGCCCACAAACCGCCCGCCCUCCGCGACUGAUAAGAAGUCAAACUCCAUCAAAGGUAAAGCCCAGAUUGAGAUCAUUCCCUGCAAGGUGUGCGGCGACAAGUCCUCCGGCGUCCACUAUGGUGUCAUCACGUGCGAGGGCUGCAAGGGCUUCUUCAGGAGGUCCCAGUCCUCCGUCGUCAACUACCAGUGCCCGCGUCAGAAGAACUGCGUGGUGGACCGGGUCAACCGGAACCGGUGCCAGUAUUGCCGCCUGCAGAAGUGCCUCAACCUCGGCAUGUCCAGGGAUGCUGUGAAGUUUGGGCGCAUGAGCAAGAAGCAACGCGAGAAAGUUGAAGACGAAGUCCGCUACCACCGGGCGCAGAUGAGGGCCGUGCCAGGACAAGAGACCUCGCCAGACUCUUCCAUGUACGAGCCGCCCACGCCCACAUCCUCAGAUAUUUACCCGCCCACGUACCACUACAGCCCAGACCUUACGUCCUUUACGCCUACAGGGUACAACUAUACGCCUCAGACUACCACUUCUACAAUAC